AUGUUGCAAUAAUACAAUUCAUUAGUAGUAGAUGCCAGUUUCAUAAAUAAGAACUUUGUAUAGGUCAGUGUAAUUGGAAAAGGCCUUGAUUUCUAUCUAGGAAUCAGCUCAAUCAGUUACUUGAUGCACCAUAAGAAAGAACAAGGCAGAUACGUCUUACAAACUUAUGAAAAUUUAGGACAUGAUCUGUUCAGAACCAAAGCUAUGCAAUUACAGAAAGCUAUGUUAGAAUGUGUGAAUGGUGUCAAUACAAGGAUUAUAUUAUUAGCCGAAAAACAGUUGAAUGAUAAAUAAUCUGAUUUGUUAGUGCUUUACCAAUUGAAUGAACUCAAUAAGAGAUUAGAUCAACAGGAAUAAUUAAACCCGUAAUAAGCAGAACAGCUCUUGAUUACUUUCUGCUAAAAUCUUCUAAUCACAGGUUUCGUAUUAAUUAAUAUUCUUAGGUCGUGUAACUUAUGAAUUUUUAGACCUUGCUCCUUAGAAUAUCUAUGUUGAAGAGAAUCGUUUCGUUAUUUCGAACAUGGGAAUCUCCUAUAAAGGGUCUAAGUUCCAUAGACCUUAUACUCCAAUCACAGAUAACUUUUAUAAAGAAAAAAGUCUCAAAAAUAUGAUCUACACAUAUUCAUUUUAAGCUGGUUUAGUAGUCUUGUGUGCUAUUACUAAAAUAAACUCAGCAGAAUUCUUUUUCGAAGAUGGUUAAUUGAAAUCUAACCUAUUAUAAGAUGUUUUGAAAGUGUUUAAGGAAAAUUAGCCAGAUUUAGAGAAAUAGAAAAUAAAGUUGAAGAAGCAGUUUGCAUCAUUGGCUAAAGUUGAAAAGCCAUUUGAUGCCAAUAUUUCAAAAAUCAUCCCUUUUCUAUCUCUUAUACUCUCUUUAAAUCAAUAAAAAAGAUCCAUAUUUUCAUUACUCAUAUGUCAUCCAGAGAAUCCACUUAAAGUAGAGAAUCCAUUUUUCUAAGAAGCAUUGGAUGUUGAAUAACAAUAUGUGGGAUUUGGUAAAUUGGAAGGAGUUAAAAUAAUGCCUCAUGGAUAUGGUCAUGGAAAGUUUGGUAAAGAGUAUCACUACGGAAUGUUUUCAAAUGGAACCUUAACGGAUGAUGGUACAAUUGAGAUUAGGGAACAAAACAGCAUUAUUUAUAUACUAAAAAAUCUGGUAAUCUCCUAAAAAUAUCAGAACGCCAUUGCUGAGCUUAAUAAGCAUAUUUUUUGGGGGCAAUUCGAUAGUAAAUCAUAUAAACCUAAUGGGGAGUGUUUAUUACUGAAUGAAAUUAAUACUUAAAAGCAUCUGAAUAAAAAAAGAUAGUCAAUUUAUUUUGUAGGAACAUUAGAUUAAGGGAUUAAAUUGGAUGGUCAGGAAUUUUUUAAAAAUAAAACAGAAUUUGAUGGUUCCUACCUAAAAAAUUAGCCUGCAGAAGGUAAAAUAACUUAUGGACCAGGACAUGUUUUUGAUGGAAUCAUAUAGAAUUUCUAAAGAGUAAAGGGUAUCUUGGUGUACAAGAAUUAAGUGUUUACUGGUGAAUUUGUAAAUGAUCGAAUCAAGGAAGGAGUUAUAAAUUAUUCUGAUGGCAGUGAAUUUGAGGGUCAACUUAAGGAUGGAUUGAAAUGUAUUUAGAUAUUAGUAUAAUAGGUUGUUAGGAAGGUAAAUUUAGAUUUUGGAAUCAUAAAUUAGAGUAUUCUGGAGGAUUCUUGGAUGACAAAUUCCAUGGAAAAGGGAUCUUGACUAUCUUGUAGACUAAUGAAUAAUUGGAGGUGGAGUAUAGUAAGGGAAAAUGUUUGACUGAGAUUCCAGAGGCAUUUUAGUUGUUAAUGUAGAGGAAAUAAGUACAAGAGGUGAAAAAAUAGAGUGAUAGUAAGAAGAAGUAACAAUAGUAGAAGGAUAAUGACGAAGAUGAAGAAAUAGAAGAGGAUAUCAAAGAUGAUUUCCAACAGGAAGAUAAUGAUUUUAAUGAGGAGGAAGGUUGA